CAUCUGCUAAACUAAUUCAUCAUAUCACUAGACGCUGCUCUUCAUUAUUAAUCCCAUCGCCACGCCCAUGGAUGCCUCGCAGCAGCUCCUCCUCCCCGACGACAGCUUCUCCUGCGCCUGGCUCAUCGACCUCAACUCCUCCGCCGCCGCCACAGCCGCCGCGGAAGCUGUGGGCGACAGCCAACGCUCGCAUGAUGGCGCCGGGUCCUUCAUCGAGAUUGAGCCUGACCACUUCUUCUCCAUCCGUUGGUCCACCAACGAUCAGUUCGACUUCGGCCUCCCGUCGCCGCAGUGCUCUGCGCAGGUCCACGCCGACCAGAUCUUCUCCGACGGCCACCUGCUCCCGCUCCGCCAUGACCAACCGCCGUCCGCCGCCGAUGCCCCGUCCGGUCCUCGUCUCGCAAAGUCUCAAUCCGUCAACUCGAACCGAUUCGACUCGCCGCCCCAAAAGACUCCAGCUGGUCCGGCGACGAAGUCGUCGUCCUCGUCUCUGCUCCGUUCCAAGUCGCAGAAGAAGAACACGUGCAAGUAUCUCUGCUUCCUGAUGCCGUUGUACAAGACGGUGAAGGAUUUGAGGCUGCUCUCUUCUUCUUCUCCUUCUUUCUCCUCCUCCUCCUCUUCUUCUUCUUCUUCUUCAUCUUCGUUCAAGUCGGCGAACACCGGCAAGGACUCGGUGAGGAGUUCUCCGAGGACCAGCGACGCAAUGUCGAGCGUGGACUUGUGCCGCGGCAUUAACUCUGAUAUCUCCAUCGACGACGCCAUUCUUCACUGCAAGAAGUCAAUUGGACGAGGCAAGUGAUGGAGGGUUGCAAAAGAACUUUGAUUGAAUUCUUCAUUUGAUCCAGCUAGCAAUCAAUAGCACGAUGCUGAUCCUUUCUUCUUCCUCUUCUAUAAUGUUCUUCUCUUUUGCAAAGAAUAAGAUUAGUAAAUAUAAUAGAUAUUGUCAUCCCAAGCCAGAAAAUGGUUUCAGCUUAAUUAUACAGUGUUAUGAGAUUUUGUAAACAAAUUCCAAUAUUAUUAAUGAUGAA